UUAUGUAAAAGAUUUUUUUAAAUAUAAAACUAUAUUAAAUGGUGUGUUCAAGGAAGACCAAGGGAUUGUCAAAAGUCAGUGUGAAGGCUAUUUGCAAUAUAACUUAAAAGACUAUUUAGUUGAAAAGGAUACCUCUUUUAUUAAAUUGUGUGCCAAUAUUUCCAGUCAUAUAACAAAUAUUAAAUCAGAUCCUAAUAUAAAUAAAUCUGCAUUUUGUGAAUAUACUAAUUACUGGUUAUAUGAUACGUUGAAAUCAACUCAAAAAGAAAUUACAAAUUAUAAGGCACUAUUAAGGAACUUUUUUCAAUAUCUUUAUAAUUUCGAAGAUUGCAUAGAGCAUAAUGCGGAAGCUAUUGACGAACAUAUAUACAUUAAUCUUAAAAAAUUAGAUGAAUUGUAUGAAAAAUUUUAUAUUUUUAAAAAUAAAUCUUCAACUCAAGAUAUUCUUCCUUGUGAUAAAGGUAAAGAAUGUGUCCAAGAUUAUAAGAGUCACAAGAUUACAUGUAUGGGAAAUGGUAACAAUAGUUUUUGUAAUGAAUUAGAAUACUUUCGAGGUCUAUUUAAUUCUCAUCUUAAAUCAGAAACUAAGUGCAAUGACAUAAAAGAAUUACCAUCUUUCCAAGGAUCUCCACUAGCUGCUACCAUUUCACUCCCCGUUUCUGUAAUGUCAGCAAUAUCUUUUUUUUCAUUUAUUACGUACAA